UCGCCACCUAACACAGACACUACCUACCAACCAACCAACCUGAACUUCCAGUCUCCAACGUGCUUGGGGUUUUGAGACAAGAACAAAGAGACUCAACUAUUAAUAUCGAACGAGGGAACAAAAGACUGAACUCAAAGUUUGAAAGGAUCAAGAUGGCGGAUGAUAAGAAGCUCCAAAUCCCAAGAGUCAAACUGGGUGAUCAAGGACUUGAGGUGUCGAAAUUGGGUUAUGGGUGUAUGGGUCUGACUGGUAUCUACAACUCUCCUGUAUCUGAUGAGGAAGGGAUCUCGUUGAUCAAAUAUGCAUUUAGCAAGGGGAUCACCUUCUUUGACACAGCCGAUGUGUAUGGAGCUAAUUCUAAUGAAAUUCUAGUUGGAAAGGCCUUGAAGCAGUUGCCAAGAGAAAAAGUUCAAUUAGCCACAAAGUUUGGCAUAGCAGGAAUGGGUAAUUCAGGCAUGAUUGUAAAGGGUACCCCUGAGUAUGUUCGGUUAUGCUGUGAGGGUAGUCUGAAGCGCCUUGAUGUGGACUACAUUGAUCUCUAUUAUCAGCAUAGAAUUGACACAUCAGUUCCCAUAGAGGACACUAUAGGUGAGCUGAAAAAACUUGUUGAGGAGGGGAAAAUAAAGUAUAUUGGGUUAUCUGAGGCCAGCCCAGACACCAUAAGAAGGGCUCAUGCAGUUCACCCCAUCACUGCCUUACAAAUGGAGUGGUCUCUUUGGUCUCGUGACAUUGAGGAAGAAAUCGUCCCACUUUGCAGGGAACUAGGCAUUGGGAUAGUUCCAUAUAGUCCUCUUGGUCGUGGCUUCUUUGGGGGCAAAGCAGCUGUAGAAAGUUUGCCAGAAAAUAGUUUUUUGGCAUCACACCCCCGGUUUCAAGGAGAGAACUUGAACAAGAACAAGCAUCUUUACGAUCGAAUCGAAUCCCUUUCAAGGAAGCACCAGUGCUCUCCAGCACAACUAGCCCUUGCUUGGGUUCUCCAACAAGGGGAUGAUGUUGUUCCUAUUCCUGGGACAACAAAGAUUAAGAACUUGGAUCAUAACAUUUGCUCAGUGAGUGUGAAACUAACAGAGGAGGACAUGAAAGAAAUGUGUGAUGCGGUACCAAUCGAAGAGGUGGCUGGCAAUAGAACUUAUGAGAGCAUGAUUAGUUCGUCCUGGAAGUUUGCCAACACUCCACCAAAAAAGUAAGGUUUCCACCUAGGAAAAUGCCAUUUGGAUUCAUGAAAAUUAUUAUGUUUGAUCCUUGUAAUAAGAUUACAUGUUUGGGAUUGUGAACCAUGUUUGGUUCUUGCCAGUAAAACAUUUUUGAGUCUAGACAACUCUUUCCAUUACAUAAUUUCCCAAAUAUUGUGUGAA